GGGAAUUUCCCUCGUUGCGCGCUCCACCGCUUGUCCCCCUAUAGAAGCGUUUCCGGGGCCCCCUUCUUUGAGCGUCUCUGCUGUCCCGUAGGUCUGUCCCUGGCUUCUCAAACUGGAAAAGUCCGCAAUUCCUCUGAUUAAGCAGCGCCGUUUGCUGCCCAGGAGUGAAGUGUUUUCUCGUAACUGAACUCAUUAUUAACCCGUCACCCUGGGAAGGCAGGUUUGGGGUUCUGCCGUGAUUCUUAGUUCUGAGUAGAAUUGGUUGGGAGAGCGCCAUGGAAUGCCUGUAGCCAGAGUUCAGUUACGUGGUUAACCACUCCCCUUCCCCUUGCAGUUUUGCCAAACAUUAGGUAUGUUCGUGGAUCCUAGAUCGAAAUCAGCGCAGAAACCAGUUCCCUACAUAAUUUUCAAUUUCAUUUUCCAUCCAUGAUUCGGUUUUGCUUUCUUUUUUCUCUUUAACCUUCUUCAUGAAUUGAAAAGCUUCACACCCUAGAAUGAGCCGAAACGGGAUGUCCCUGAAACUAGCUGACAAAGCAUGCCUAACUGAAAAGAUCAUGACUUCAGGUGGUUGUAUUUGAACCCUGGUAGCGUGGCCUUUUAAAAUGCCACAACAGGUACCUCAAAGUGUCCAUCUUGAACACAUAAAGUCCUUUAGGGGCUCUGGUGCUCAGUGGCAGUCCUGGUGGCUUUUGAUCAAGUUCCUAACCACUGCAGAUACAUAAACUGCCCAAGAAUCUUGCUUAACUCUACCCGCAAGUGCCUACCACAGAAGUCCUCAGUGAAUGUUGAUUGUCUUUGAUUGCAAAGCCUGUGCUCUAUUACCAUGCUGCCUGUUGUAUCUGCUUUGGGUGAACAAGCAGCAGAAAGGAAGUUUGAAACUCUGUUAAAGCACCUGUCACAUCCUCCAUCAUUCACAACUGUCAGAGUGAAUACAAAUUUAACCUCAGUACAACAUGUGAAAAAUCUGUUACUUGAUGAACUUCAAAAGCAGUUUAAUGGAUUAAGUGUUCCCAUUCUUCAACAUCCAGAUCUUCAGGAUGUCUUACUUAUUCCUGUUAUUGGACCUAGGAAGAAUAUAAAAAAACAACAGUGCGAAGCCAUUGUUGGAGCCCAUUGUGGCAAUGCAGUGUUAAGAGGAGCCCAUGUUUAUGUUCCAGGAAUUGUGUCAGCUUCCAAAUUUAUGAAAUCUGGAGAUGUUAUUUCUGUAUACUCUGAUAUUAAAGGAAAAUGUAAGAAAGGGGCCAAAGAAUUUGAUGGAACAAAAGUAUUUCUUGGAAAUGGGAUUUCUGAACUAAGCCGCAAGGAAAUCUUCAGUGGGUUACCUGAACUAAAAGGUAUAGGCAUAAGAAUGACAGAACCAGUAUAUCUCAGCCCUUCAUUUGACAAUGUACUGCCCAGUUACUUAUUUUUACAGAAUUUGCCAUCUGCCUUAGUUACUCAUGUUCUGAAUCCUCAACCUGGGGAGAAGAUCCUAGACUUGUGUGCAGCACCUGGAGGCAAAACAACACACAUUGCAGCACUAAUGCAUGAUCAGGGAGAAGUGAUAGCACUGGAUAAAAUUUUCAACAAAGUAGAAAAAAUAAGGCAGAAUGCCUUAUUGUUAGGGCUGAAUUCCAUCAGGGCAUUUUGCUUUGACGGAACAAAGGCGGUUAAACUUGAUAUGGUUGAGGACACAGAAGGGGGACCUCCUUUCUUGCCAGAAACCUUUGACCGAAUUCUUCUUGAUGCACCCUGUAGUGGAAUGGGACAGAGACCAAACAUGGCUUGUACUUGGACUUUAAAGGAAGUGACAUCUUAUCAACCAUUACAAAGAAGACUCUUUACUGUGGCAGUUCAGCUGCUGAAGCCAGGGGGUGUGCUGGUUUAUAGCACAUGCACUAUAACACUGGCAGAAAAUGAAGAACAAGUUGCCUGGGCCCUCACAAUGUUUCCUUGCCUGCAGCUUCAGCCCCAGGAACCGCAGAUUGGAGGAGAAGGAAUGAUGGGAGCUGGCCUAUCAUUUGAACAAUUGAAACAGCUGCAGCGAUUUGAUCCAUCUGCUGUGCCAUUACAGGACACUGACAUUGAUUCUCUCAGAGAUGCCAGAACAGAAGACAUGAUGUGGUUGGCAAAUAAGGACUGUAUAGGUUUUUUUAUUGCAAAAUUUGUAAAAUGCAAAAGCACAUAGGAUAAGGAUCCUCAGAAAUGAAAAUUGCAAACAUUUGCUGUCUGCAUUUUUUUUAAAAACCAAAGUGUUGUCAGGCCAACUGAGUGAUGCCAUGGUUGCUAAGGAAACGGAAAAGGCUGCCAGCUGUUUCACCAGGAUCAAGAGAGACAUAGAGGAAGUAGGAGGAUGUGUGAGAUUACAUUUUGUGUUUUUAAAAUACUUUUUUCUUUAUGGGUUUAGUAGAGUAUAAAGAAAAGGAGAUGCCUAUAGAUGUCUGGAACAUUUUCAUUUGGGGUCUAAUAUUUGUAAAGAACACAAGUCAUUUUUAAUGUUAAAAAUUAGUGAAUCUAACAAAAGGAAUAAAUUAGCAAUACUUAAUGUGAUUAUAAAAAA